CUAUUCACUUUCUUACUUCAAUUUGCUUGGUGGGUUUCAAUCUCUGUGUUUGAAAUUCACCCGAUUUUCCUAUUAAACAAAUGGGGGGAAAAGAAAAAGAAAAAGAGAAAAAAAACCUAACAAUCAGUGAGCUCAGAGGUGUGGUUUAGUUGUUGUUUUUUGCAUUUUUUUCAUUUUCCCCCAUGAUUCUUUUCGAUUCUGAAAAGUGGGUUUCUCUCCUUUUUUUUUUUAAGAUUCUUGAGCCAUUUGUGAAAGGGAGAUUCUUGAUUCCCAUGUAAUGAUUCCGAUUUAAACGCCCCCUUUUUGAAAAAUCACUCAAAAAGCUUCAAUGUCUCUUGGCCUUUAGCCUCUGUAUCCGUCCUCUUCUCCCUCUUUUCCCCUUUCUUUUGACUUCAAAAUCAAAACCCCUUUUCGAAAUGGACUUAUAAAUGAGCUCUUAAGCCACACCCUUCACAAAUAUUAGCUCCUCAUAGACACUACCAAUGGAAACUCUGUAUCCAUCUUCACAUCUCUCGAGCUCUGCUUGGUUUGUGCUUGAUAAUCCAAGCACAAAGUGGACUAAAGAAGAGAACAAGAUGUUUGAGAGUGCUCUUGCUAUAUAUGAUAAAGAAACACCUGAUAGAUGGUUCAAAGUAGCUGCUUUGAUCCCUGGAAAAACUGUGAGUGAUGUGAUUAAGCAAUAUAAGGAGCUUGAAGAAGAUGUUUGUGAAAUAGAAGCCGGGAGAUUCCCUGUCCCAGGUUAUGAUCUUGCCUCUUCUUUUUCAUUUGAGUUUGUUGAUGAUCGAAAUUUCGAUGUGUAUAGAAGGAAAUCUUCUGUUGGUAGGGGCUCUGAGCAUGAAAGGAAGAAAGGGGUCCCAUGGACAGAGGAAGAACACAAGCAAUUUCUAAGGGGACUUUUGAAGUAUGGAAAAGGGGAUUGGAGAAAUAUCUCAAGAAACUUUGUGAACUCCAAAACUCCUACACAAGUGGCAAGCCAUGCUCAAAAGUACUUCAUGAGGCAGCUUUCAGGAGGGAAAGACAAGAGAAGGCCAAGCAUCCAUGAUAUCACGACUGUUAAUCUUACAGAGCCCACAGCAUCCGAGAAUGAGAAGUUGUCUUCAAUGGAUCAAUUUUCCAAGCUUCCUUCACUGCAGAAGUCACCCUGCUAUCAAAAGCUUUUGUUUGAUUGGAACCGAUCCAGUAACGGGGGGUUGCUUGGUUUAGGAUCUAACUAUGGCGAUCGUCUCAUGUCGUUUCCAUCUGGGAUUGCUGCAAAUGGAAUAAAGAAUGAGCAAGAUCAAGAACUGAACAGUGCAUAUUAUGGAACUUAUUCCAAACCUCACAAAUCCAUAUUCCAAUUUGAACCCUCAAGAUAUCAAAUUUACGGAUGAGGCGGAUGGGUGGAUGCUUGUGUUCAUUGCUCUCGGUUUUUAAAAACACACGCCAAUUCCAAUAAGGUUCAAUAGACUCUUAAAUGUCAAUACUUUUUCUUUUGUGAUGUUGUGCUUAUGAAGAUCAAAAGAUUCAUAUAUCUGUCCUUUAUCAUC